AACAACUGUUGGUACCGCUGAUAUAGCAAGUACUAGUCGCGCGCGUGACUCACAAAAAUAACCAACGAAAUUUAUUCAUUCGUCCUUUGUGCCUCAAACGCCGGGAUAACAUGUGCAUUGGCCGAGCGGAAUGAGCGGCUGAGGAAAGAUAUACGUAAUGCAAUUCCGAAAAUGGACGAUCCAUGGACCGGACUCCGCAGGAUCCACCUAACCAAAUUCUUCCUCAUCUUCUGCUGCGUUCGUCUAGUCAACACCUGCGAGCUGCCUUCGCCCAGUAAAGAUGACGGCUACUUAGACGCCGAACUGAAACAAUACGUGGACAGUGUGUUUAGUGUUAACGAGCUCAGCAUAGUGCCGGGAGUUCGACUCGAAGAGAUCCAACAGCAAGGAAAGACGAACGGGACAUUCGAUGCCCGAUGCCAGAAUGGCAGGAGCUUGGAGAGCGUCGAGGAAUACGUGGAUAGGAAAAUCGACCAGUUCGCCGAGGGUCACGCACUGUCCGUCAACCUUCCAGAAACUGCCCGGUUCUUAUUCUCUUCAGGUGAGUUGAGCAAAGAUGAGUCUGGCAAGAGUUCCUUUCUGACCGGAUUCGGUAUGGGAUUUUUAGCAUUGGGCUUGAAGAAACUCCUGCUGCCAUUUGUUAUAGGUGCCCAACUGAUCAAGAGCGUCAUUAUAGCCAUGUUCCUGCCGUCGAUCCUGGGCGGCCUGGGCAAAAUAGUGGGCAAAGGCCUGUCGACGUUCUCCGGCAUCUCCGGCGCAUCGACGGGCUUCAAUAACCAACAGACCCAGCUGGAGGAUUUCGAAUUUAAAGACGUCGAUCCGUACAACAACGAAGGCGACGGCAUGGGGCACCAUUUCAACGAGGAAGCUUCCAAUACAAACAACCAGCUAGCUGCGUUAGAUGCCAAAAGAAACGACGGUACAACGGACAGCAGGACUUCGCCGAACCAAAGAGUUUCGUUCGCCACGCCUCACAGCGACAACUACUAUCUCAGGAGGCCCGAGAAGAAGACAAACUACAAAGUGUUCCACAAAAUCCCGUCGUCGUCGUUGCUGCUGACGAGUUACGAUCCGUUCUACAGUCCGCUGUUGUCGCGGCUCGAUGCGAUUUUCCAGCAGCUCGGUUUGGGAAACGCCAAGUCCCCGGAGACGGAACGGUGUCGGGAAAGACUGGUGUGCAUGAUGUACGCUAAUCCGACCAAAUACGCGCCCUACAGUAAUCUGGUGUCCGCCCAGCUCAGCAGGGAAUUGAACGAACUCCGCAAACCUUCGAACGACAAUCCCGAUAUUCUGAGAUUCUUCAGGUACAUGAAGGCUGCCAAAGACGGUCAAGAUGGAGUAAAAUGCGAAAGGCACGGAAAAUGCCCAUCUUUGACCACAAACAAACCUAGUCCCGCUAUGAUAACUACUUUUAAUGACAUUAAUAAAUUAGUUUCGGCAAGGAAAUUGCAAUAGGACGCCCGGGUGUAGAUGAGAUUUGUAAAUACAUUGGUGAUUGGAGGAAUUAGGUGGAAGAAUUUUAGUUACGAGUCGUUGAAUAAUUAAUUUUGAAAUCGAUGUAUGUAGGCAUAUUUAGGUUCUUCGGUUUUUGGGUAAAACGUGUGUGUCAUAAUGUCGAUUCAAAAUUAAAAUGCUAUACAUUUAAAGUGUUUGACUUAAAAGUCAAUUUCGAAUUGUAGAUUUAGCCCUUACUUCUAUUUCUUCAGAAAUGUAUAAUUU